AAACGAGAAAAAGAAACGCACACUCUGGAGUCCUCGUUGCUCGAAGGGUUUGAACAGUCCGUUAUCAUCCUCAUCUACCAGGGUUUUAGAGAAAAAACCUCUGUUUUUCUCUAGACAUGGAGUCUUUUGCUAAAGUACACUGCUGUCACCAACCUCUCUACCUCUCUUUCAAUCACCACCAUCCAUCGCUCCCUAAACCCAUCUCCUCUCACUCCUUCAGGGCUUCAACCUCAUCGUCACCGUUCAAAUUAUCCUCCAUCAGAGCUUCCUCUUCCUCGUCAUCCUCCUCGGCUCCGCUCUAUCAAACCCCCACACCUUCCCUUCUCCAAACGCUACCCCCUCUCCUCAAAACCACUUGCAUUACCAUAACAACCGCCGCCGCCCUCCUCUUCAUGCGCUUCCACCAGAAACCCGCACUCGCCGUCCCAACGGCAACGCCCACAGUCGAGCCUACCUCAACGGACACGAAUAUGUCCUUAGAAGAUCAAGAAAAAACCAUCGAAGAACACUUGACUCAGUACCCAAAUGACGUCGAAGCUCUACGGUCUCUCAUGGAGGUGCGAAUCAAAUCAAAGAAACUCCAACAAGCUAUCGAAGUUAUUGACCGUUUGAUCGAGCACGAACCCGAAGACACCGAAUGGCCAAUGUUAAAAGCCCAAAUUCAUAGCUACAGUGGCGAUAUCGAGUUAGCCAAGAACGAGUUCGAAGAAAUAUUAGCUAAAGACCCGGUUCGAGUCGAGGCUUUUCACGGCCUUGUAAUGGCUUAUUCGGAGUCGGGUCAAAAACUGAUGGAAUUGGAAAAAAGAAUUGAAGGGGCAAUGGAGAAAUGCAAGAAAGAAAAGAAAAGUAAAGGCUUUAGGGACUUUAAGUUAUUAAUUGCACAAAUUCGAAUGAUUGAAGGGAACCAUUCGGAAGCCUUGAAGGUUUAUGAGGGUUUGGUUAAGGAAGAGCCAAGGGAUUUUAGGCCAUAUAUGUGUAUGGGCAUUAUUUACUCUCUAUUGAAGAAGAAAAAUGAGGCCGAGAAACACUUUGAAAAGUUUAGGAAACUUGUUCCUAGGAAUCACCCUUAUAGGGAGUAUUUGGUUGAUAAUAUGUUGGCCACUAAGCAUUUUGCUGAAAAGGCUGCGAGGAAAGGCGCGGGGAAGAGUUGAGAGACACAUGGUUUGUUUAUUAUCAGAGGUGCACAAUGAUGGUUUUUACAAAGAGGGCCAUAAUAAGUGGCUGAUGAGUCAUUUGGUGAGUGGCUUCUGGUCUCCUGCUUCAGUGUGGACUUGUGUUCUUGAAUGCAGUGAUGAAACUAUGGUUCAUAAACUAUCCUACCGGUCUUUCCUCAAUUUCACUUUGCACUGUCACUCGACGGAACUGCCUUGAUAUCCCACAUAACCUAUCUAUUAAACCUAGGAAAUGCUAUAAAAUGCUUUGCAUAUAAGUGUAAUUCAUAAAAGUAAUUGUUGCUCAUUGAAUAUAUUAGAUGGACAUUGAUAUCUUGACAUUGAGUUUUUUUAAUGGAAGGCAGGCGUUUUAGUAUGUGUAUACAUAAUGGUAGUCAAUAAUUGGUUGAGUAAGAUAGGAAUGAUUACUGUGGUAUAGAUUGCUUUGUAGUAGCUAUGCAUGCUGGUGUUACAGUAUAGUUGCUUUAUCCUGAGGCUGCUGUGAUAGGUGGGAGUUUGCUAGAAGUGUUAGUUUAGAUAAGAGGAAUUAUUGUUAAUCUGUUGUUUCUGUUACAAAUGGGCUUUCUAGUUGCCAAGUAUCUUGCUAGUCUAUAGAUUGAAAGGGUCAUUUCCAUCUAGAAUAUGUGGUUAUGUGGUUGACCCCCAUGUAAGUUAACAGAUUUGUUUGAUUUCUGUGUUUUGGUAUGUUGUCAGUUGCUAGUAGGCAACUUAGCAAGAAACCACAUGGUGACUUAUUCUGUUUGGACUUGUUCAAGUCAAGUACAUUUUGAACUGUACAGUUUUAAUCUAAGCUGUUGGGUAAAUAUCUUACCGUUCAAGGGAAAUGUUUGGGUUGCUCAACUGGUUUCAGUCUAGCUUGAUUGUUACUAUAUUCCUGCUGAGCGUGUGUAAGAUUAACCGUGGUGAUUCUGUAUAUGUUAAUGUAUCUGCUAUUACAAUGCUGUGCAUGUUAAUGUACAUAGAAUUCAUACUUUGAUUCACCCACCCUGUUUGAUUAAAAAUUCCUCUUGUUUGUUCCGAGCGGCAAAUAUAUAUUUUUGCAUCAGUCUGCUUUGAAUUGUUUGGUUUGAGGUUAUUUUUUGAGUUAGGUGUCGUGGUGCGUGAAGUGUGAACAGAGUGAGUGUUAAGAGUUGAAUAAGGUAUUAUAUACGCUGCUUUAUAUGGCAGCAUUUGCUUUCUUUUGAGACAAAGGUCUGUGACAUGACAGACUUAUCUGAUCAUACAACAAAUUUCUGGUACUGACGGUGAGCAGCACAAGUAAUUCCGUGUUUGCUUGGAUAUUUUGUACUGUUAUUUACCCUAGCUUUAACUUUGAAUUAAAAAAAUUGAGUACUAAAGUUACUCCAGUAGCCUAGACGCUUGCUCUGCAUUUUGUAUGGAAAGGGAAAUGAUUUUUGGGCUUAGUUUAAUGUUUAAAGGCUAUUCUUUGAAUGCAUUGCUUGAACCUGAGUAAUCCAAUGUACAAUAAUGUUAUUUAUGCUCCAAACUCUUAGUUUAACAAUUCACUUGAUUCUGACUCAAAUCCUGUUACCAAAAGAUGAACAAAAUUCAAGAGUCAAAGGCACAGAACGAUCCUCAUUCUCAAACUGCAGGGCGAUCUUGUCUUGAAGGAUGAAUUUCAUUUACAAGUAAGCCUCUGGAUUAAAAAUCCUCAGAGGCAAAUCAAACAAUGUACGCCCCCCAGUUGGGGCAUCAGUGCAUCAGUAUCCACUGU